AUGAAGGAUAAAUUGCUCAAUAAACUGGAGGAAAAUGAGCCUGAAUUAGCUUCAUCUCCUGAGGAAGAAUGUGUAAUUUGUGUGAAUGCGAAAGCUACGAUGCAGACGUCGCCUUGCGGCCACCGCGUGGUUUGCAGACGGUGCUUCGUGAAGACCAUACAGAUGGCGGUGAGCCAGCGCUUGCUGCCUCUGCGCUGCGUCAUCUGCCGUGCCAAGAUAUUGCGACUGAGACAGGCGCCCCGGCUUGUCACCAGCAAGAGUUGGCAGGUAUCGAGUAGCAACAGCAAGUGCUGGGGCGUGCCCGGCUCGGUGUCGAGCUACUCUGUGGGUGCACGUUCAGUGCCCGCCUCAGCCUCGCUCUAUUCCGUCACCAGCGGUGAAUCUUCCCUCUCCGGAGUGUCUUCCGUUUCGUCGAACAGUGGUGGUAAUGUAAGCAGCAGCUGUACAACCAAGUUAUGUGGUGGAGCUAAAUGUGGUGGGGCUUGUCUUGGAGCUAUCCCUCGACCACCGUCAGGUUCUGCGCCGCCGAAACCACGCCAGCCCGCUUCUAAUUCUUUACGACGUUCGCAACAUCAUAGCAUGAAGGCUCGACUGCAAGAAUACCAUAGUUAUACGGGCGGACCUGCGGGCGAGCCUUCGGGGCGACUGCCUCCUAUUAGAGAAUUCCAGCGAGAGUUCCGCGAGGGUAGACGCGAAAGUGCGACCACUUCUUGUGGCUCUACUAGAAUAAGGUGCGCACAGAAAAUAGUGACGCAGCUAGAAACUUCACCACAGAAAGACAAACAACAUUUCUUUCGACCUCUAAAACCUUCAAAUAAAGACGAUUCCCCUAAAUCUAGAGACCAUAGCAAAGAGACUGACAAGAAAAAAGAUAACCCCAAAACAAAGCCCAAAAAAGAAGAUAAGAAAAAGAAAGAAGAGGAAAAGGUUAAGCCAGGAGAGAAAAGUAAAAAGGAUGAGAGUUGUGAUAGUAAGAAAAAUGAUAUGGCAGAGAGAAAGAAGGAAGAAAAAUUAAGGCUCAAAGCUGAGAAAGAAGCCAAAAAAGAAGCUAAACUUCAGGCUAAAGAAGAGGAAAGACAGGCUAAAUUAUUAGCUAAAGAGGAAGAAAGACAAGCAAAAUUAUUAGCAAAAGAAGAGAAAAAGAAAGCGAAGAAAGAAGCAAAGUUAGCGGCACAAGCAGAAAAAGAGAAAGCAAAAUAA